AUCAGUCGUCACGUCAUUGCAUUGUCAGGAUACCUACCUUAGCCUACCUACGCAUACGGCAUGUUGGAAAGCAAACAGCGAUGCAAUUUCGACGGCCGGCCUCGAUACGUUGAGGUUUUGACACCGGUCAUAUGUGAAGAUAUGAUAUGUCAGACUAUGUAGAAGAAAUGCGCCGUGACUGCCCGGGCAGGCACAUGUAUCGGGAUGUAUGUAUAUGAGGAGAAGCAAAAAGAUCUGGCUGCAUCUCAUCAAGGCUUGCCAAGAUCUCGAAUAUAUGUAGCCCCUUUUCUCUCUUUCUUCUACGCUGUCUUGGGUCCGCACGCUUACGGAUCUAAGCACCGAAUUCUCUAUCACCAUGUCUGCUCAAACGACAGAGACCAAAGCGUCCACAUUGCCUGAAGUGGGAACUCCGCCGGAGCCUCGUGAUCCAGAAGGCAGCACGCCCAAGGACAACGAGGACCCCCUCCAUGACCGCUGGUAUGCGAACCAGGCCAUCAUUGACCGGCUGAAAGGAUGUGCAGAGUUCCAAGAACUGCACAUACUUCGAAAGAAGGCAAGUCAUAUCGAGCUUGGAUGGGAAAGGCCCGAGGGCGACAUCCACUUCCAGAACACACGCCAAAUAGCCGACGAGCCCUCGCUCCAGACGUCCAAGUUCUUCUACAAGAUCAUGAAGGACGUCGGGCGAGAUCUGCAUAAAGCCACCAACGCGUUUGCGAUCCCGCCUUGUCCGGGGCAGCAGCCGCGGAUCCUAGACAUGUGCAUGGCGCCGGGCGGCUUCCUCGCGACGGCGCUGAUGCGGAACCGCGGCGCGACGGCCAAGGCCUUCUCCCUGCCCAUCUGCGACGGCGGCCACGAGGUCCUGCUCCCGCCGGGCGCGGCCGUCGACGCGAAAUUUCUCGACAUCACCCUGCUGGCCGCCGACAUGGGCUUCGACGUCCACCAGCACCCGCACCCGCACCCCGACCCCCACCGCUUCCUCGGGCGGCACUUCCAGCCGGACGAGCUCUUCGACCUGGCGCUGUGCGACGGGCAGGUGCGCAGGCGGCACAGGGGGCUGCGGCGGGGGGAGCGCGAGGCCAAGAGGCUGGCGGCGGCGCAGCUGGCGCUGGGGCUCGCGCACCUCCGGCCGGGGGGCACGGCGGUGGUGCUGCUGCACAAGCUCGAGAGCUGGGACGCGGCGAGCGUGCUGUGGCGGUUCCGCCGGUUCGCGGCCGUGGCGGCGCACAAGCCGACGGCCGCGCACACCAAGAGGUCGUCGUUCUACAUGGUCGCCACCAAUGUCCGGAGCCGCGACCCCGAGGCGCUGGAGGCGAUCGAGCACUGGAAGAGGAUGUGGGAGUUGGCGACGUUUGGGAAGGGCGAGGAGGAGGGGGGGGGAGGGGGAGGGGCAGGGGCAGGGGGAGAGGGAUGGUUAUGAUGAUGAGUUUUGGCGGUUUGUGGCGGAGGACAAGAUGAGGGUGCAGGAGAUGCUGGAGGAGAUGGGGCCGUUGCUGGAGGAUUGGGGGAGGAGUAUUUGGAAGACGCAGGCGGUGUCGCUUGCGAGGUCGUUGAAGAAUGGGUGGAGGUAGUACUUAGUAUAAGUUGGCUUACCUACACACAUCGUUGAUGUACACACAUUGAUGUAUGUCUUACCUAGACUCCGAGUCCUAGAGUGUCCUAGACUCCUAGGCAUGUAAAUGUAAAUGUAUCACUACUAAUAGUAGUAUGUACAUAUGUAGGUUUAAGAUAUGACUCUGCCACUCUGGAGUGUCUGGGGAGUAGGGAUGUAUGUACUGCAUAUGUACAUGGGAGACUGUACUACAUGUAUGUAGUUUAUGUAGU